AGGCUGUGCGUCCGGCUGUUGCGGAUAAAGUUUGACGCUGGGCGGGCGGCGGCAGGUCACGUGAGGAGAAGAUGGCGGCCCCGGCGGGCAGCGGGGGCUCUGCGGUGUCGGUGCUGGCCCCGAACGGGCGGCGCCACACGGUGAAGGUGACGCCGAGCACAGUGCUACUGCAGGUCCUGGAGGACACGUGCCAUCGGCAGGACUUCAACCCCAACGAGUACGACCUGAAGUUUCAGAGGAAUGUGCUUGACCUCUCUCUCCAGUGGAGAUUUGCCAAUCUGCCCAAUAACGCCAAGCUGGAGAUGGUGCCCAUCUCCCGGAGCCGCGAGGGGCCCGAGAACAUGGUGCGCAUUGCUCUGCAGUUGGAUGAUGGCUCCAGGUUGCAAGACACUUUCUGCUCAGGCCAGACACUCUGGGAGCUUCUCUGCUGUUUUGCCCAGAUCAGGGAGUGUCUGGACCGGCCGUGUGAGGCCAGCCCCGUUUGCGUGUACAUGAGAGAUGAGGUGACCGGUAGAGCCGCCUUGCAGAGCACGACGCUGCAGUCACUGGGCCUCACCGGGGGCAGCGCCAUCAUCAGGUUUUCCAUGAAGAGACAUGAUUCCACUGGCAGGCAGGAGCCUGGGGUCUCCUGCAGCAGAAGCCCAGGAAGCCCGACCCCUUCCUUGUCGGCCGACCAGGCAGCCAGCAGCCCUCCGUUUCCACUGAAUUCAACGGAGCUCAGCCAGGGCGAUGUGAGCCAUCAGGAUGAGGCAGCGAGCCCGGGGGCUGGCCGCGUGGAUGGCCUGGGCCCGAAGCCAGUGGACGCUCAGGCAAAGCAGAUCUCGAAGGAGCCCACGCCAGCCCCCUUUGUUCCUUUCUCGGGUGGGGGACAGCGACUGGGGGGCCCCUCCGGGUCCGUGAGGCCUGUGAUGUCAUCUUCAGCCAAACUGCCAAAGUCCUUCUUCAGCCCUGCAGGCCCCUCCCAGCCAAAGAAGUCGAGGCCUGGCCAGGAGCCCCAGCCGGAGCCGGAGCUGCCAGUGGACCGAGACCCCGUGGUGUGCCACCCUGACCUGGAGGUGCUGCUCCAGGCCUGGCCUGCAGAGCUGCCUGACGAGUUCUUCGAAGUGACCGUGGAUGAUGUCAGAAGACGUUUGGCCCAGCUCAAGAGUGAACGGAAGCGCCUGGAAGAAGCCCCCUUGGUGACCAAGGCCUUCAGAGAGGCUCAGAUGAAGGAGAAGCUGCAGCGCUACCCUAAGGUGGUCUUGAGGGUCCUGUUUCCUGACCGCUACAUCCUGCAGGGCUUCUUCCGCCCCAGCGAGACCGUGGGGGAUUUGCGGGACUUCGUGAGGAGCCACCUGGGCAACCCCAAGCUGCCGUUCUACUUGUUCAUUGCUCCUCCAAAAACCAUCCUGGACGACCACACGCUGACCCUCUUUCAGCAGCCGUCUCCUUUCAUCCGUCAGCUCGCCCUGGAGCCGUGGGGCCUCUGCUCAGAGUGGCGUCCCUGCCCGCCCGCGAUCAGAGAGCUGGCAGGGCUCAGGGAAGGAAGGCUUCCUCCCUCCUGCGGCUUCAACUGCAAUCUCAGCGUUCCUAGGCCUGGCCUUUGAAGCUUCCUCUUAUUAAUACUCCCCGCCCAGACGCCAGGAGCUCAGAGCUGGGCAGAGAGGAUGCGCUCAGCUGGCAGCAGUGGCCCUUCCUCCAGGGCUAAGGACACAGAGCCUUGGGCGGUGGCCUUCCUGCUGGCUCAGGCCAGCUUUGGGGCUUACAGCCAUGGUCCUCGUCGGGUGCAGAGGCGGGAAUAGAGGCAGGUUACGACACUGGAGGGCUUCGGGAUCCUCUGCAACAGCCCUGACUCUGCACCACAGUCCAGCCCCCUACCUGGGAGGCCUCCGGGGGCGUUUUGGGGGCCACGUGAUGUGUCCUUGUCCCACACCUGCGCAGGUGGAGCCAGUCCUGAGCAGAAAUCUUGCACCACCACCCCCAUGGACAGGCCUCCGGGAGGGGUGUGGGGACCCCAGUGCAACACCCACCCUGCAGGACAGGCUUGAUGCUGGCUGGCACUGGCUUUUCCUUACCAAGCGAGACCAGUGCCGAGUCAGGGAACCCACCUAUGGGCUUUUGGGUCAAGGCAGUAGGCCUGGAGGCACCGAUCAGCCUGGGACUCCCAAAGCAGCUUGGCUCCCAGAGCCCCCCCCCCCACCUUCCCCUUGUGCCGGGGCCACUGAGGGUCCCUCCCCUGGUGCUCCUGUCUCCAGUCUAGCUGCUUCCAGUGCACCUGGGCUCAUAUGUCAGUCCCUAUGGAGUGCCCCCGACUCCUGCACUCUGUUCUUUGGGCAGCACAGGUGAGGGAGGGGAGUGGGGGGCAUGGCGGGCUGUGCCCCAUGCCCCCACCCAUGCAGUUCUGUGUGAGUCUGCAUCUCCUCUGACCUCUUGACCUCCUGCAGUCUCUGCUGAGGGCGGGGGCUUCCAAGCUUAGUUCCCACCUUCAGACUGUCAACUGUUUACCCCGGGAACUGGGCAGGAAGGGGAGGUAGGUAAAAAUGCCAGAGCACACACACCACGAGAACUUCCUGUUCAGCUGGUGUUUGGGGCUGGCCCUAGGAUUCGAUGGUCUGAUGCCUUGGCCUGGCUUGCACUGGGGUUGGUGCCAGAGGAGGAAUAGGUGAAGCUGGGCAGUGGACUGCACGGUGGGAGGGGCCUGGUCGGGCUGUAGCCCUCAGCGGAGCCCUGGGCCUUAUGGGUGCAGCACCCAUGAGGCCAGCAUGGAAGUGCAGUGCGGCCCUCUCUGCCGUCCUCCACGGUGCCCACUUGGUCCCUGAGCUCUCCUCUGUCCUCC